GAUGAGGUCCUGAUGCCUGAUUACACGACUUUCGUUGACACGUACAAGAUUAUACCUUUCGUGAUGGGAGUCGGGUUAAUAUACCCGAACCCGAAGACGGAGACGCGACGUCUAGUCGGUAUAUUGCUUGUCCUAAUUAGUGUAGUACCUUUCUCGAUAAUGAUAUUCAUCGAUAUAUACGAUUGCUGGAAGCGACGUGACAUCAUCAACAUCAUCAGACAUACCACUGUCGUUGGACCGUUUCUCGGGGGUAUAUUCAAGAUGUUCAUCAUGUACUACAAGAAGACACCCGCGAAGGGACUCGUUGACGAGAUCGACAACGACUAUGCAUCCUAUAACAGCCUACCCUCGAGUUACAAGAGUAUCAUCAACAAGAGCAUAUCCAACAAUUUGUUAUACAGCGAGAAGUGCUGGGCCGUCACCGUUAUAACUUGUGUCAUGACAUUUCCGUUUAUGGCUGUUACGUUGAACAUAUACAACUUCCUUUUCAAAUCGGAACCCACCAAGCACAUGGUACACGACCUGAUCAUACCAUUUAUGGAACCAGAGGCGAGGUUCGAUUCGCCGACCUUCGAAGUAAUGUUCGUUUACAUGUUAUACGCCUGUUUACUAUACGUCAUAAACUUUACCGGGUACGAUGGAUUUUUUGGACUAUGCAUCAACCAUGCUUGCUUGAAAAUGGAGUUGUAUUGUAAGGCGGUUGAAGACGCGUUGAGAGCAGCUACCGAGAUGGAUAUCCAUGAUAGAAUUGUUGAUGUUAUUCGAGAACAGAAUAAACUGAAGAGAUACGUAGAUUUAGUCCAGGCUACCUUCAAUAUUUGGCUCGGCAUCAUUUUAAUCGCUACAAUGAUACAAAUUGGAACUUGUAUGUACCACAUAACAGAGGGUUACGGUUUGGAUCUUCGGUACAUCAUUUUCAUGACUGGAACAGUCAUACAUAUAUACCUACCGUGUCGGUAUUCAGCUAAACUUAAGCAUAUGUCCAUGGAAACUGCUACAUUAAUAUACUGCUCGGGAUGGGAGACCAUACCUUCGAAUAGAAUCCGAAAAACUCUACUAUUCAUGAUCGCUAGGGGCCAGAUACCCAUCGAGAUAACAGCGUUUAAUAUAUUGAUAUUCGACAUGGAUUUAUUUGUAACCAUACUGAACUCUUCGUAUUCCAUGUACACAUUACUACGAUCUUAGAAAAACUAUUAGAGCACAUGAAUUUUAUAUAGU